AUGCCUCCCUCGGCGAUUAUAGUUCCUGGUUACAACUUCUUUACAACCGCCGAUGGAGUAGAGCUUGCCUACCAAAGCCUUGGUGACCAAGCAAACAAGCCAUUAAUUCUACUCCACGGGUUUACCGGAUCUUCUGCUGUCUGGGAUCGCAAUAUCAGCGCUUUACGGGUAAAGUUUUGGGUCAUUGCUCCAGAUCUCCGUGGCCAUGGGCGCUCUGGUCGGCGACCAGAUGGACAGGAUGCCACAGUAGCAAGACUGGGCCAAGAUUUGAAUGAGCUCAUGGAUUGGUUGGGAUUGAACCCAGAACUUCCGCGUGAUAAAGGCAACGCUGGCGGGAAUGUUGCUCGGCCGAGCUGUAUAGCUGGCAGUCUUGGCUGUGCUAUUACUUGGUCAUUCGCGGAGCAGUUUGGAAAGAGCAUAUUUGACAAGUUAAUAUGGGUCGACCAGGCUCCGCUUCAAAACUACACACAGGACGGCACAUGGGGCCCAGAGCAUGGAAACAGGUCCCUCAAUUCCUCUGAAUCGUUGAAGAACAUGCUGGAUACUCUUUCGACUAAUCCCGACGAUGUUUACAAAGGCACUGUUGAUGGUUGCUUGGCAUAUAUCUGGGACCCCACCUGGGGAAGACAGCAAUUUGACUCCGAGGCGGCGUACCUGAAGGCCCAAGAGGAUGACACUAGCUUCUUCCUAAAGAUUGCCCAGCAAGGUGACCCAACCUGGUUCGGAAAGUUGAUGUCUGAUCAUACUGCCAUAGACUGGAGAGGCUCUAUCAAGAAGAAUUUCGGUGCGGCCAGUGCCAACGACACUGACAUAUUGGUCAUUGCGAGCGAAAGAAGCGGAUGCUUUCCAGCCGCAGGGCCAAUGUGGAUUGUAGACGCCAUACUCGAAGAUAAGAACAAGAGUGACGGUGCAUCAGAUGCAUAUGUUAGAGGGGUUGUGGUAGACUUUGGAGGGCACUGGUGUUACUGGGAAGAUGCUGAGAAGUUCAAUGACCUUGUGCUAAAGUUCUUAGCUGGGAAACCAACCAAUACAUAA